UACCAGCUGCACUGCAACCACAAAGUCCACAUUGUGGGACAAAGUUUAUCCUGUUGGGUGACCAAAAUGUGUGACUUGCUACAAGUUAUCACUCCUGUCCUCUAGAUGGCGGUGUUGUCUCCCCGGAGAACUUGCCAUUUAGGGAAUAUCCACUUAGGUUACACACUUGAUCUUUUUUUUUUCUUUUUUUUUUUUUAACAAAAUCUAGCAACGUAGCAUUUUAAACAUUUACUAUGUUUUAUCAACCUUGCUGACUAUCUGAUUCGGGCUGUUUAUUCUAGAGAUGUGCAAUGUUUGUGGUAUCCUAGCAACCCAACGAGUGAGUCUCGGAUUGCUGAAGACCCAAACUGCGGCUUAUUCGUCAUUUAGUGGAAGAUGGAACCCACGUCAUGGCCUCGUAUUUACGUGGAAAGAACUUUGGCUCUCAUUAAACCAGAUGCAAUCCACAGAAGUGAGGAGAUUGAGGAUACAAUUCAGAAAAAAGGCUUCAUUAUCCUCCAGAAGCGCACAGUGCAGCUGACUCCAGAACAGUCUAGUGACUUCUAUGCUGAACAUUAUGGGAAAGUCACCUUCCCCAGACUGACUGCUUACAUGAGCUCGGGUCCGAUCAUCGCAUUGAGUCUCGGCCGCCACAAUGCUGUCUCUCACUGGAAGUCCAUCAUAGGACCUGCUAGAGAUGCACAAUCUCAUCCAGAAUGCCUUCGAGCAAAGUACGCCACUUCUGAGCUGCAGAACGCUCUCCAUGGCAGCGACUCCUCCCACGCUGCCGAGCGGGAGAUCAAAUUCAUGUUCCCGAACACCGUCAUGGAGCGCGUUCCCUCGAGAGAAACCACUAAAGAGUACCUGAGUCGGCAUGUCAACCAAACUUUGCUGCGAGGACUCACUGAACUCUGCAAACACAAACCCCUCCAACCCUGUGUUUGGCUAGCUGACUGGCUCAUCACACACAAUCCAAACAAGCCUCAAAUAUGUCAUGGCGUUCCUGAACUGGACUAAAGGUAGAAUAUCACUCCCUAGUCUGCACCAUAGUGAAGCAGAAAAAUGGUCACAUUUUUAAACCGCGGACAUUUAUCCAUGAAAAUAUUGAAAAGCUACUGAUGGUGUGUUUGAUGGAGAAGCAGCUGGAAGUCCACUCUCCAAGGUAAAUGCUGUACAUUAUUAGCACUGUUUUGUUUUUAUCCAAUAUUUCUAAUCUAAAAGUUCCAUUUUAUUUUGAAAAGGCUUAUCACGUGUCAAAACUGUGCCGUUUUGGGGGAGCAAGCACCAAUAAAACGGAUUUCAAUUAAUUUCAACGGGAGAUGUUGAUUUGCGGGAAAAAGUCUUUUAAGUACAAGAGCUCCGUCUUAGAAACUAUUUUUUGGAUCAGUUUUACAUGGUGGCCCCCAGUGUCAAAUGCUAACAUGUCAAUCGAAGGUUUUAUGCUUGACUCGGUGUGAGGGAGGAAAAAAAAGUAAUUUUUUAAAUUUUUAUUACCACUUCAAAAUGUACUCUGUCAGUUUUGUUUACAAACCAAGAAUCAGAAAUACUUUAUUAAUCCCUGAGGGGAAAUUAAAAUGUUCAGCACAAUCCCAUUCAAGAUCAGACAAACAUUACAGGGAGACAGAACAGGAUCGCUGACGGGUCUGCCAACUUCCGGCGCCCCUUACA